GAUGGGCGGGGUCACACUUUAGGCUCCGCCUCCCCUCCCCAGCCAAACUUGCUGUCUCACUGGUGCUUCCUGGCUUUACUCACAUGGAAGACGGAGGAAGGGCUCUAGCGUCUUAGCUACACAUGAACUUAGCGGCUCUGUCUAUUUUAGACUUCACCGGAUUGGAAUCAGGAUAUCCAGGCGCGCCGGUUGGAGUCCACGAACCAGAACUAAAACAAGCAGUUUAAAAAACAAACAAACAACUUCUAAGUUAGUUUGUUUUUAAAUCCAUCCAUCGUUGCGGUGAGCGCGCGACACAGAAAGUGCGUCUUCUGCAUGUGAGAGGAAACCAGGAACAGAGAAUGAUUGCAGCCCAGCUAUUAGCCUACUACUUCACGGAGCUGAAGGAUGACCAGGUUAAAAAAAUUGAUAAGUACUUGUACUCCAUGCGCUUCUCUGACGAGACGCUGCUGGACAUCACGAACCGCUUCAGAAUGGAGCUGGUCAAAGGAUUGGGCCGGGACACUAAUGCCACUGCUUCGCUCAAGAUGCUCCCAACAUUUGUGCGCUCAAUCCCUGACGGAUCAGAGAAAGGAGACUUCAUUGCUUUAGAUUUAGGAGGCAGUUACUUCCGGAUCCUUCGGGUCAAAGUCAGCCACGAGAAGAAACAGACGGUUCAGAUGGAGAGCGAAAUCUUCGACACGCCAGAGGACAUCAUCCACGGCACAGGAACACAACUGUUCGACCAUGUUGCAGAGUGUCUAGGCACCUUCAUGGAAAAACACAACAUCAAAGACAAGAAACUCCCCGUGGGGUUUACCUUCUCCUUUCCCUGCCAGCAGGCUAAACUUGAUGAGGGCUACCUGAUAACAUGGACCAAGAGCUUCAAGGCCAGUGGGGUGGAAGGAAUGGACGUGGUCAACCUGCUCAACAAAGCGAUCAAGAAACGAGGAGACUAUGAAGCAGACAUCAUGGCAGUAGUGAACGACACGGUGGGAACCAUGAUGACCUGCGGUUUUGAUGACCAGCGCUGUGAAGUGGGCAUCAUCAUAGGCACAGGCACCAAUGCUUGCUACAUGGAGGAGCUGCGCCACAUUGACCUGGUGGAGGGAGACGAGGGCAGGAUGUGUGUGAACACAGAAUGGGGGGCGUUUGGAGAUGACGGCAGGCUGGAGGACAUCCGAACAGAGUUUGACAGAGAGAUAGACAGAGGAUCUCUCAAUCCAGGCAAACAGCUAUUUGAGAAGAUGGUCAGUGGUUUGUACAUGGGCGAGCUGGUGCGUCUCAUCCUGGUGAAGAUGGCCAGGGAAGGCCUCCUGUUUGAGGGACAGAUCACCCCAGAGAUGCUCACAAAGGGCAAGUUUGAGACCAAGCAUGUCUCUGCCAUUGAGAAGAGUAAAGAAGGGCUGACCAAAGCCAGGGAUGUUCUGAGCAAACUUGGGGUGGAGCCCUCAGCAGAUGACUGUGUUGCUGUGCAGCAUAUUUGUUCUAUUGUGUCUCAUCGCUCUGCUAACCUGGUUGCUGCUGUCCUUGCUGGCAUCUUGAUGAGGCUGAAGGAGAACAAGGGAGUGGGACGGCUCAGAACCACAGUGGGCAUUGACGGCUCUCUGUACAAAAUGCAUCCACAAUAUUCCCGUCGCCUUCAUAAAACAGUCCGGCGUUUGGUUCCCGACUGUGACGUCCGCUUCCUCCUGUCCAACAGCGGCAGUGGGAAGGGCGCCGCCAUGGUCACAGCUGUUGCCUACAGACUGGCAGAACAGUCCAAACAAAUUGUUCAAAUACUGUCUGAGUUCCGUCUUACAACCGAGCAGCUGCUGGAGGUGAAGAACAGAAUGAGGGUGGAGAUACAAAAUGGCCUCUCAAAGAGGACCCAUGAUUCUGCCACUGUCAAAAUGCUUCCAACCUUUGUGCAGAGCACGCCUAAUGGGACAGAACACGGGGAUUUCUUGGCUUUGGACUUGGGUGGGACCAACUUUAGGGUCCUCUUAGUCAAAAUUCGCUCUGGGAAGAAAAGAUCUGUGGAGAUGCACAACAAGAUCUAUGCCAUCCCUUUAGAAGUGAUGCAAGGAACAGGAGAGGAGUUGUUCGACCACAUUGUGCACUGUAUCAGUGACUUCCUGGACUACAUGGGGAUGAAGAACGCUCGUCUUCCUCUUGGCUUCACCUUCUCUUUCCCUUGCAAACAGACGAGUCUGGAUGCUGGCACCUUGGUGACAUGGACCAAAGGCUUCAAGGCAACAGACUGUGAAGGAGAGGAUGUUGUGGGACUGCUAAGGGAGGCAAUAAAGCGGCGAGAGGAGUUUGAACUGGACGUGGUAGCUAUAGUGAACGACACUGUUGGCACCAUGAUGACCUGUGCCUAUGAAGAACCCACCUGUGAGGUUGGACUCAUUGCAGGCACCGGCAGUAAUGCGUGCUACAUGGAAGAGAUGAGGAACGUUGAGAUGGUGGACGGGGACGAAGGACAGAUGUGCGUCAACAUGGAAUGGGGAGCAUUUGGGGACAACGGGUGUCUGGAUGACAUGAGGACUGAAUAUGACCGAGCUGUGGAUGACCUCUCGCUUAAUCCAGGCAAACAGAGAUAUGAAAAAAUGUGCAGUGGCAUGUACCUUGGUGAAAUUGUGCGAAACAUCCUCAUAGACAUGACCAAGAAAGGAUUCUUGUUCAGAGGACAGAUUUCUGAAACCCUGAAGACCAGAGGCAUCUUCGAAACAAAGUUCCUCUCACAAAUAGAAAGUGACCGGUUGGCUUUGCUGCAGGUGAGAUCCAUUCUGCAGCAUCUGGGGCUGGACAGCACUUGUGAUGACAGUAUUAUCGUCAAAGAGGUAUGUGGAAUUGUGUCACGGCGGGCGGCUCAGCUGUGUGGCGCAGGAAUGGCGGCCGUUGUCGAUAAGAUUAGAGAGAACCGUGGAGUGGACCAUCUCAACAUCACAGUAGGGGUGGACGGGACUCUCUACAAAUUACAUCCACACUUUUCCGGGAUCAUGCACCAGACUGUUAAUGAGCUGGCUCCAAAGUGUAGCGUCAACUUCCUGCUGUCGGAGGACGGGAGCGGGAAGGGAGCGGCGCUAAUCACAGCUGUAGGCUGCCGGCAAAGGCAGGAGCAGAACAGUAAAUAGAUUCUUACGGUUACCUUCAUUCUUUUUUGGAGCCUCAUUGUUUUCUUAAUCGUCUCAUUUUCUCCCAAAUCUAACAAGACCAAUGAGACUCUAGCUCUGGUAGCUACUUUCGACGUGACUGAAAGAAAUCGAGGGUGCUUGUUGAUACGCGUAGUAGCAGAGAAUGGGGAACUCUGCAAUAGUUAGAAUAUUUUUAAAGUAAGACUUGUAGCAGCUCAGCCUCAAUGGGAUUUCACACAACCUUCCAAAGCUCCUUUACCUCCAUCUAGAGGAUUCCUCUGGUUACUGCAGCCUGUUUUUCUUUGCUAAAACCCCACAGUUCAAGACGUGAACCUCUGUUUUUGAUCAAAGUGUGAUUGUUCUUUGUGUAGAAACUUGAGUGUCUGUACAUUCCGGUUUGGAGAAUACAGAGAGGCUGUCCAGUUUAUGUAAAAGGCAUUUCGAUUUCUUUGUAUUUCCUUUUAAAUAUUUUAUCUUGCCCAGACAAAAAACACAUGAUAUCAUAGAAACAUUGUUCUUAUUUAUUUCAUUUUUAUGUUUUAGAGUUCUGGAGAAUAUUGCUGUUGCAGUACAAACCUUAAAUAGAGGAAACCACUUUAAAGCACUCUGUUCAGUUUUGCUCAAACGUGACCUGACAUGCAGACAGAACUGACACUCAGCUGGAAACAACUGUUUCACAUGUUCUAUGAAUGUACACAUGCAAUCUGAUCUACCAAAAAAUAUCUAUUUUCAUCCUAAAGGAUGCUCUGUUAGUUUAGUAAGUUGUUGCUUAAAAAUCUUCUGCUGCUUCUGACUUUAAAGAGGUUCUAAGCAGAAACCCGGUGCUUGCAUAAGAAGCCAGAGGAACAGUUAUGUCUCAGCUUUGUCUAAGUAUCAGAGUAUUCCUGGAGAAUAACUAUAUUUAUGAAUAUCUUUAAAGCAAAAAAGUACAAAUUCAAAGUACUCUCUUUUUUGAGCAAAUGCAUCGUACAAUAUUCAUGCAAAUGUGUGUUUUUCCAUUUACGUCACAAAGGGCAAGCAUAGAAAUGGUUACAAAAUAUUCUCCCUGGAAUUGGUCUGAAAGUCGGAUUUUUAAAAGGGAUAUUUAAUGCUGUAAGAAGAAAGCUAUUUAUUUAGAGGUCAAAAUAAUUACAUGUCCUAAUUUAAACUGCCUUUAUGUUCUCUGAAUGCAUCUUUGUUGCUCCAGGAAACCAAAAUCUCUCUCAUCUUGCCUUUUUACCCUAGACUGGGUUUGUCCAAUACUGUCCAUCUGUCACUCAAUAAAAUCAAAUCUGUAAAAUUAAA